AUGCUGUGGUAUCUCCUUUACCCGCUCAGAGGCACGACCGAGGCCCCAGUGUUGCCGCCCAGCCAUCCGCUCCGAAGACUCCUCACCAGAUAUGGAAGAUGGGUUGCCCGUCAUGUCAAGACCGUUUUACCCCUGUCCGGCGCCGUUGUCUUCAUAUUUCUCUACCUUGUCCCCUUUCUUUACACUGUCGAUUCCGUCAACAUCACGAACGGCGUCUCGCCCCUCCCCCACCAUGUCUGGACCGAUGCCCAACCCCUGAGGGAUGGGAGCGACGUCGAGCCCGACGUUGUCAUGCGCUCAAUCUGGGUCCAUGGCAGCUACAUGAAGGCCCUUGACCGCAAUGUCUUGCUCGGGGCCCUCGAGCUGCAGGACGCACUCCUCGGCCCGACGACUGACUUCAACCCACGCCAACCGCACAGCACUCGGGUGUUACUCGACCCAGACGCUGACCCGGACGCUGACCUGGACCGCCAACAACGGGACGCCUUUCACAUCAGCAACGGCCUGACCGACCAGUCGUGGUUCUUCCACUCUCCGUUGCAGUACUGGUCAGGCUCUGCCGAACACAUCGCCUCGGACCAGGACCUCGUCUCCACCGUCAACAAGAAGAAAACGCAGCCGACCUUUGUUAACACGACUCUGCGCCACUCGAUAGUGUUCAGCGGCAAGCGCUUUCAGGAACGCCAGAUAGUGGCUGCCGACGCCCUGGUCAUCACCCUGAUUCACCGGCGUAGGUCUCCCGUGGCCAGGCAAUGGGUCAAAAGGCUAGAGGCCUUAGCCCAAGAUGCCACGCAGGACGGCAAGUGGCAGAUCAUCCCGCCCAGCGGUAGAAGCACGGGGAACCAGCUCUACCAGUUCCAGUUUCAGCCAAUGACAUGGUAUGACUGGGCUAUGCUGGUACCUGCCUACUCCAUCCCGUUAUACUACCUGUUGUACCGCCUGUCCAAACUGCGCGCCGUCAAGUCGAGGGUUGGCCUGAUGGUCACCAUGCUGGUACAGAUCACAGCUUCCAUCGUCUCGAGCUUCACCGUCUGCGCCAUCUUCAAGGUCGAUCUCUCGCACGUCCCUCUCCAGACGUAUCCGUUCGUUAUUCUCGCCAUCAGUAUGGAGAACUCGUUCCGGUUGAUAAACGCUGUCAUCGUAACGUCCUCCGCCAUCAGCAUCAGCGACAGGAUCGGGGAGGCCUUUGGUGCGACUGCCCACAUCGCUAUCGCUAGCCCCAUUCAAAACUCCCUCAUUCUCUACGGCCUGUCCAAGACCGGUUCGCUAGGAGUCUCGGGCUUCUGCGCCUUUGCCACCAUCGCCACCUUCUUCGACUUCUUCUACUUGGCCACUUUCUUCCUCGCCGUUCUUAGCGUUGAUGUACGCCAAAGAGAGCUUUCUGAGCUUGAGAAGGCUUCGCUAAAACGAGGCAAGACCCCCCAAGGCGGGCUGCCUAAGCAACCCUGGAUCAGUGGGAUCUACCCAUUCCGCCUGGCCGAGACCGCCAUCUCAACGAGGAUCGCAGGGUCCAUUGUCUUGAUCGGUUUCGUCCUCAUCGCACAAGCCCAUUACUCCUCCGAGGGCAGCCGCCAAUGGCUGAACCAACUCUCCAACCUAUCUUGGGGGGACGCUAAAAGCACCCCCAAGUCCUCGCUGUUAAUUGAUAUCCACCAGGCCAGGAGCGCGACCUCCUGGCUGCGCAUGCAGGAUCGCGAGACUGCGCGGGAGGUUAUCAAGGCCAUCAAACCGUGGGCACACAGCUACGUGGCCCUUGUCUACGAUCCCAUCAUUUUUAUUCUAAAGGGGGCCGACCGCACCCCGGACACGGAAGAAUCAAGGUUUUUACCAGCCGUGUACGACUUCAUUCACCAUCAAAUUCCCCUGUUCGUUGUCUCCCUAUUGACGACGCUGGCUGCGCUGCGCCUGUUUACGAACCAUCUCAUCAAAGACCAAUUCAAGGAUGACCCAGGAUCCGAUCAUCCGGAUGACGAGCCCUUGCUGUCGGUCCGGUCUUUAACCAAAGGGCACACGCUGGACGUUGCCAUGCUGGCCGCAUCGCCGGGAGGCAAGCUCGUCUCCGUCGGGCUCGACCGCGCCAUUCAGGUUUGGAAUGUGCCGACGGGGUCAAGGCGGCCAGUGCAGUGCGCCGCCGAGGUGCCACUGGAGAAUCCGUUCCCGGUAUUGAACCUAGCACUUGACGACAGAUCAAAAUGGCUCGCAUUGGUCUCGUGGCAGAGAGUGUUUAUCUGGAACAUUGAGGAGAAGCGAUGGGCAGAUGUUAAAAAUAUUGACCUGGGCGGUCAUAGGCCGGAGGCAGUGUUCUUCGUGGCGAAAGUCCCGAAUGUGGCACCGACUCUAGUUCUGGUGAGGAGAAAUGGCAUGGGCCUCGAGUUGCCGGUGGCGGCUGAGGAUUCCCGAGACUUUGUGAUUUGCAAAACGCCUUUGGUCUGGGCGGUAUCCUUCACUGGGCAGUGCAACCCCCAACAGCAAAUACCCCCCGCCGCCAUCCUUACCGUCUCUCGUAAGAGUUGCGUUCACCUUGUUAGGCAGCAAGGCGAUGGGUGGCUGUCGACCGAAGUAAAGCUUGAAGGCAGUAUGGGGACAAGGAACAUACAUUCCGUGCUCCCUAUUCCCGCACUAUCUAAAUAUCUGAUCGGACGGCCCCAAUCCGUCGAUCUAGUCGACCUUGACUCGUCGACAGUCAUCCACACCUUCCAGACAGAGAUGAUGCAGCCGCGAACCCUGAAGCAAAUCUCCCUCGCGCCAGCUCAACAACCGGGACUCACAUCCUUCACACUGUGCUACACCAGCGCCGAGACUGGCGACCUCGUCGUCGACACGUACCUCCCCGAGGUAGACACUGACUUAAUACCGCCCUUCUGCCCGGUGGAAUCGGGAUCGCACAACCCAUGGAGCCAGACCAGAAAAACCACCAAACACAUCACAAAUCCAGGUGUAUGGGAAGCACUCCCCUCCGGAAGCAUCAUUGGCGUCCACAGAAAACAAACCACAUCCUCGCCCCCCACAACAACCCCAUCCUCCAUCACCACACUGCGCAGACGAACCGCCGGCCUGGUCAGCGCCGGGCACGAGUAUUUUGACCAGGGGAGGGCCGGGUCGUUGGGAGGGGUGGGGCUUGGAAGGGAGGGGCUGCCGUUGCAGCAGGUUAUGGGCGUGGGGAGUCGGAGGAAGAAGGGGAGUGUUGGUGCGGGUGUGGGGAGGGGUGGUGGUGGUGGUGGGAGGAGGGGGGGUGCGGAUGUUGGGUAG